ACGCGGUCCCUGAGCUGUGAGUUGAAACGGACACAAAAAUGUGCGCGCGCGCGCCAUAGAAGGAGUCCCAGAAGUUGUAGUGGCGUUGUGCUGUGUGUGCCAGGCCGCUAAACACCUGUCCCAGGCGCGCAUUCUAUUGUCUAACGCUUAGCCGAGAAAGAGGGAACAUCGUCCCAAGAAGAAUCUCCUUCUUUGCUGGAAAGACAUUAUUUGAAAAGGCACAAACGUGAACGUUAGACGAAACGAUCGAUCGUUUCCAAAGAAAACACAAAAAGUGGCCAAUCGCGAGUGUCUGUCGGAGCUAGUCGAAGAUCUCGAAUCCGUGUGCUUGGCUGUGUUUGUGUGCGUUACCAGCAACCGGCAGGCUGCCAAGAAAACCUCAAGAAAUGCUCUAACAAAGUGUGCUGCUGGUUGGAGUGUGGAGUGAAGUACUGGGUUGGAAAGAUCAACCAACCGAUCCGUGUGUUUGCUCGAUCGUUUGCUCGUUCGCUCGUUCGCUUGUUCGCUCAGUUGCUUGUUAUUGUUUUUUCGCGGUCCACGCGGUCCCCCCCCACCGAACGGCGCGUUGUUUUUUUGUAAAAGUGUCCGCAGGCUGGUGCUUCGAGAGCGGAUUUGUUGCUUCGCCUUCUUCGUCUCCUUCUUUCGUCGAUCUUUGCCGUGCUUCUAACGCCCGCAUGCGAGUGUUCCUGUGUUCGUGUCCGUGUGCGUCCGUCCAUUUUCUGUGAAGUAUUAUUCAAAUUUAACGGUGUGAAAACGGGUGCCACCUAAGGCCGCAUUAGGAACAGGUCGCGCGGAUCAGCGGUCAUUUAGGAGACGACGAUCCGGUCGUCGCCUCAGAGCGCCCCACGAAACAAUCGCCACAAAAAAAAAACUGUCCAUUGAUGCGACCGGGAUAGGGUGGCCAUUUUCACAGGCACAGAGCACUGGAAAAGUGUGUGGCCAGUGUGCGAUCUGAAAACUGAAACACGAAAAAGCAAUCAGCCGCAGCUAUCUGGCGCCAUUUCUGACCCGGUCGAUUGUGGAGAUAGUGAAGCGACACCGGAUGGGAAAAAGGGGCGCGGAAAAGUGAUGUUUCCAGCCCGAAAAUAAAUAGAUCCGUACGAUCGUGCUUCACACCAAGUAAUUGCCCAUUGAAAACGGACCUUUUUGGUCACACUUGGCUCAGUGGCGCCGGAAAAGCGAUCCGGAAAAGCCAGUGACGGGCUGCCCAGUGUCCCCGAUCUCAUCGCGCAAAAGUGUGUCGAAGGUCUUGCCCCAUCGAAAGGGCACCGUAACGGUUCUAAAAGGAAAGGGACCGGCUCGAGAAGAGGUGACAGCAUCUUCGUCCUCUAUUGCUUUGCUUUGAGAAAGCGACGCGACGCAAGUGAAGUGUGAUAUCAUCAUCAACCUCAUUACCUGGUGAGUGAGUGUGCGAGUGUGUGUUAAGAAGGCUCUGGUCAGCACAAGUGGUAAGCAGAAGACCACCACAAGUAGAAGAAGAAGAAGAAGCAGUCUGCCUAUUGGAGUGUCUGGUUUGGAGGGUCGCACUUCACGAGCAGCGUGCGCGAACGAGUUCUUCCUCUCUUACGCAGAAGCUGGUAAUCAGUAGCAACAACAAGAGCAGCGAGUGGAUCAGCAUGCUGAUCGUACGGUAACGGCAGCGUGCAGGAAUCGAUCCGUCUUUCUCGCGAUAAAGCAUGAACGGUGGUGGCGUUGGAAGCGGUGUACCGGUGCCGAUGGCACUGGCCGAGCAUCGUGCAAAGAUCAUUGCCAGUUCCGGUGGCCGCCAACAGCAGCAGCAGCACCAGCAGUCAUCGAAUUGGGCGCUCAGUGGUAGUGGUGGUGGUGGAGGUCAACUUCGGCGGCCCUCACCGAUCGGUGCCGUGGCUGGUGGUUCCAGCCGUCGACCAAAGGAUGCUCACGGAGCGGGCGCACGGAAACUGCUCGACCAUGGGAGUGACGGAGAGGAAGAUGAUAGUGCGUCGGUGCGGAGUGAUGAUAACGAAUCCGAGUCCGAGACGGUGAGCGAUUGCUCGGUUGAUGAGAUACCGGUGUGGAUCAAGGGCGAACAGCGAUGGAUCUCGGGCGUUACGGACGAGACGACGUGUGCGGAUCUGAUCGAGGUGCUGGUGCAGCAGGAACAGGAGCACGGGACGGCAGCAGCCCCUGUUGUAGCACCCCUGUCGGUGAAGGACUAUUGCAUCACGGAACGGUGGCGACAGGUGGAGCAGGUGCUCGAUCGUGAGACAAAGAUAUGGCAAAUCUGGACCGCAUGGGGCAAGGCGCAACCUGAGGUGAAAUUCAUUCUCCGUCGGGCCGACGGGUCCCAUGGUACGAUGGCAAGUGAUCGAACGACGGGGACAGCGGUGGCGGGUGCGACGGCCACUACGACACCUCUCGGUGGUGAGCGCGAUCGUGAUAGUGGCCGCGGAAGUCCAACGGGGAGCAUCAACAGUGCAAUCGUGCGCCGUAAGCGCCACCGGGCCCAGAAGUCGACCUUCGCCUGGAUGACGCACGGUCAGACGAUCCAUCCAAAGUCUUCGAAAACGUCGAUCGAGCGUUUGAUGAAGCUGAUCCUCGAGCAGGGUGACAUCAUACAGCAGCAGCUGUCCAAGUUACGUGAUCGCGAGCUGCAGAUCAGUACGAUCGAAGAGGAGCGACAUCGGCUCCGGGAACGAGAGCAUGGCAAGAAUUAUCUGCUCGAAACGUACCUGAAAGGGCUCUCCGAGGCGACCGAAACGGAUCCAAAUGCGCUCGAUAGUGGCAUCACAUCAGAGGCGACAACGACGGCCUCUCCCGAGAUGGAUUUUGCUCCGGAAAAUGAUUCCGACCACAGUGCGGUGCCUGGUGCUGCAACAACGACCGCAACUGGUACCACAGCUACCACCGUCGCUCCUCCAGAGGAAGAUCCAUCGGUAAAGGAACAAAUUCAACUGCUCGAGAAGAUUGUCUCACUGAACAAACGGAUCCAGCGCGAGGAGGAGUCUGCAGUGAAGCUGUUCGAGCGUAUCCGCCGCUACCAGCUAGAGGACCCACCGGAUCAAGCACGCAUCGAACUGGAGGACGCACUGACCAAGGUUAAUGCCUCGAUCGACCGGGAAUCCCAGGAGCUACAUCUGAUCGACGAGAGCCUCCACAAAUCGGACGAACUGUUGCGUGAACGAACGGAACUGUUGAGAAGUCUCACGGAGGAGCUUCUCCAGCAGGACAACGCCUUGGAGGACCGUGCGCCUGAUGCCAAAGUGAUUAUGGAUUUUUCGCAACCGAAUCCAGUGAUGCGAGUGGAUCGACGACAGGAGCAGCAGCAGCAGCAGCAGCAACAGCCUUCGAUCGGUCACACGGGAACACUUGGCCCUUCGAGAUCGACCUUCAAACCGUCAAACUAUCCGACGCUCUAUCCGAUCGCGGAAGCCGUUGGUCCCGGUGAACCGGCCAAGAUUGUGAUCGCGAGCAGUACACUGCCGAGGAAUUUCCAGCGACCGGCACUGACCGUUCCGGUGACGCAGCUGCCAACGCAGGGACGGCUCACCGUCCCCGAUGCCACCGGUAUCUCGGUGCAUCAGAUCAACAAGUUUAUACAAUGUAGCAACAAUCUGGGCACCAACUGCAAUACCAAUCGGGACGAUAAGAUUUGCCCCAAGCAGCUGUUCCAUUCGGCCGUCUCGGCAACCGCUGGCGAGUGUCAGCAGCUGGCGGUUCAAGACCACGAUCUAACCAACAUGGGAACACUUGUGUAAUGGCUUUUGCGAGGGAAAUUGAAGGAAUGAAUGCAAACAGGAGUCAAAGCGGGUGGUAAAAGACCCAUUUUCGCAACUAAAUCGAACGAAACCGAAGAAUUCUAGAGCAUCGCCGGUGUGUGUAGAUAGUGGAGCCGAACAAACCGACCAAACCGACCAAGGAACCGACCAACGAAAUCAAAAACGCAAAAAGCACCCAAUUAGUCUAGUAGCAUUAGAGGGCACAGAGAGCGAGAGAGAGGACAAAGUAUUUAAGGCACUAGGCGUAGCUAUUUUUCGUAGCUUAUUAUACAAACUGUUUACCCUUCUUUUUGUUUAUUUAAGUGUUUUUUUGUUUUGUUUCGUGAGAGUAACGAGAGUGUCGGAUUAUGGUGUUAAGGAAAUAAGCUGAUGACGAAGCCGUUUUGAUGUUUGCUUAUUGAUGAUCGCGCUAGAGCUGUAAGAUGCGUUUGUUAGCUAGUCAAAUGGUAAGAUUUCAAAGCAUUUUGUCGACAGAGAAACAUUGAUAGAGAGAGCAAAUAGCUUCGAAGCUGGAGGUUCAACAUAACCGCACUAUUUACACACUCGAGAGGAAUUUUCUAUCAGAACAAACACAGUGGGUCGGUCGUGGGUUUUUUUUCUAGCCAAAAAGCAUCAUUCAAUCGUUAAAAUCAUGAA